AAAGCGAAAAAAAACACUCAAAAGGCUCGUUUUUCCUGCGAAGAACAGAGGAAAGUAAAAAUCCAGCUUUAAUUUCAGAUUCAGGAGAUUAAAAAUGGGAGCUGGUGGCAAUGUGUCUGCUACAAUAACUAAAACUGAACAAAAGAAAAGAGUUCCAUCUUCAAAGCCCCCUUUUACACUUGGUGACAUCAAAAAGGCCAUCCCACCUCACUGCUUUCAACGAUCUCUUAUUCGCUCAUUCUCCUAUCUUAUUUACGAUAUCAUACUUGUCUCCAUCUUUUACCACAUUGCCACCACUUACUUCCACCUCAUUCCAUCCCCGUUUUAUUACCUAGCGUGGCCCGCUUACUGGAUCGUUCAAGGUUGUGUUUGCACUGGAAUAUGGGUCAUUGGCCAUGAGUGUGGCCACCAUGGGUUCAGUGAUUACCAAUGGGUAGAUGACACUGUUGGCCUUAUCCUCCACUCUUCACUUUUAACACCGUACUUCGCAUGGAAACAUAGUCAUCGUCGCCACCACGCCAACACUGGUUCCCUUGAGAAUGAUGAAGUUUACAUACCUAGGCUUAAAUCCAAACUAAGGUGGUACUACAAAUACUUGAACAACCCGUUAGGACGAGUAUUCGUACUUGCCUUCACCCUCACUUUUGCCUGGCCUUUAUAUUUACUCUUCAAUAUAUCCGGCAAAAAGUAUGAUCGUUUUGCAUGUCAUUAUGAUCCAUAUAGCCCGAUAUAUACUAAUCGUGAGAGGCUACAAAUCUACAUCUCAGAUGCAGGUGUGAUUGCAGCUACCUACGUGUUAUAUCGUGUUGCUUUGACACAAGGACUAACUUGGCUUGUAUGCAUCUAUGGGGUGCCCCUCCUAAUUGUUAAUGGAUUUAUUGUGUUAAUCACUCUUUUGCACCACACUCACUCUUCAUUACCACAUUAUGAUUCAUCCGAGUGGGAUUAUCUAAGAGGAGCUCUAGCUACGGUAGACAGAGACUAUGGUGUGCUAAAUAAGGUCUUUCACAAUGUGACGGAUACUCAUGUUUUGCAUCAUAUAUUCUCAUACAUAUCACAUUACCAUGCAAUGGAGGCAACCAAUGCUAUCAAGCCAUUACUAGGAGAAUAUUACCAAUCUGAUGAUACCCCAAUUUUUAAGGCAAUGUGGAGGGAUACUAAGGAGUGCAUUUAUGUUGAAAACGGUAAAGGUUCUCAAGGCAAGGGUGUUUACUGGUACAAAAACAAGCUUUAAAAGUUGAAUACCAGGAACUCCUCACUUGGAAUUGGUUAAUUAAUGUAAAGCCAGAGUAGUUCUAGGUACUUUGAAUUGUGUUUUUUUUGUAUUGUAUUGUACUGUUACUUUUAGUACAAUAUUUGAUUUGG